UCUUUUCACACCUGUCUAAUUGAAUACACUCUUUAUUAUAAAAGCUCUUUUAUCUUUUUAUUCCAAAGUUUCUUGUUAUUAUAUUAUUUUUCAUUAGAAAGUUUAUGAUAAUCAACUUUGAAAAAGAGUGAGUCACAAAAGUUCAUCAUCCCAUGUGUAUGACAGCAAUAGAAAUUAUAGAAUAUCACGUGAUUUGUGGGUCUAAGUUAAUCCUUCAAUUGCAUUAUAAAAGAGUCUAUCCAUGCAAAUGAGAGUCGAUCACUCAUCGGGUGGGGUUAGAAUAAUGGGCCUCCAUUAUUUUAUUUAAACAUAUGGGCCUUUGUUGACAAAAGAGGCCCAAAGACCUUGACCUGGCAGUGGGACCACAGAAGAUCUAGAACAGAGAGACUCCAUUGCUGGACUUGGAUCUUCCAUAUCUCUCAUCAUCCAAUCUGGAUAAGAAGAUAAGGACACGCGUCAAACAUCCAGCACUCCCAAGAGACGUUUUUACAAAACACACAAAACUCUUGUUCACUCUCUUACACCUUUCCCCGAGUUCCGACAAUGGCUUCAGCAUCAGCGACAGCCACUCUUCUCAAGCCCACUCCUCUUCCACCCCAUAAACCGAUCAUCACCGCCUCCGUAUCUCCUCCUCUCCCUCCUCCACGUCGCCACAACCUCCUCCGCCGAGAUUUGCUCUCCUUAUCCGCCGCAUCGACGCUACUUCUAACGCAAUCUCUCCCGUUUCUAGCUCCGUCGCCGGCAUCCGCCGCCGAGGACGAAGAGUACGUGAAAGAUACGUCGGCGGUGAUCUCCAAAGUUCGGACGACGCUCUCGAUGGAGAGGACAGAUCCGAAUGUGGCGGAUGCGGUGGCGGAGCUGAGAGAAGUGUCGAACUCGUGGGUUGCUAAGUACAGGAAGGAGAAAGCUCUUCUCGGGAAAGCGUCGUUCAGGGAUAUUUACUCGGCGUUGAAUGCUGUGUCUGGACAUUAUGUGAGUUUUGGUCCGACGGCUCCGAUCCCGGCGAAGAGGAAGGCGAGGAUUCUUGAAGAGAUGGAGACUGCUGAGAAAGCUCUCUCUAGAGGAAGAUAAAUUUACAGUGAGACCUAACCAUUUCUUCUUCUUCUUCUCCAGUUCCUUGUCGAUGAAGUUUUCUUUUUACCUUUAAAUGCUUAUAUGAGAAGAGAAACUUGAAAUUGCUCGUUUGUUUUUGUAAAAUACUUCAUGAUAAUUUACUUAAUUAUCAUUUACAAUAACGAAUUCCAUUUUCUAA